ACACCUAUGUACUUCUUCCUCUCCAACCUGUCCUGUGUAGACAUCUGUUUCACUUCCACCACCAUCCCAAAGAUGCUGCAGAACAUCUGGACACUGAGCAAGGUAAUAACCUAUGAAGGCUGCAUCAUCCAGGUGCAUUUUUUCAUGCUGUUUGCAGGGUUGGACAACUUCCUCCUGACUGUGAUGGCCUAUGACUGCUUUGUGGCCAUUUGCCACCCCCUCCACUACACGGUCAUCAUGAACCCCCAACUCUGUGCAAUUCUGGUUCUGGUUAGCUGGAUCAUCAGUGUCCUGCAUUCCUCGUUACAAACCUUAAUGACCUUAAGGCUAUCCUUGUGUAGAGAGGUGGAAAUCCCUCACUAUUACUGUGAACUCAAGUUGUUGAUCCAACUUGCCUGUUCUGACAACUUUCUUAAUGACAUGGUGAUGUUUUUUGCAGCUGCUCUGCUAGGUGCUGGUCCCUUUGUUGGUAUCUUUUAUUCAUACUCUAAGAUAGUUUCUGCAAUACAUAGAAUUUCAUCAGCUCAGGGGAAGUAUAAAGCAUUUUCCACCUGUGCAUCAUGCCUCUCAGUUGUCUCCUUAUUUUAUUUUACAGGCUUAGGUGUAUACCUUAGCUCUGCAGCUACUCAUAGUGCACACUCAAGUGCAAUUACCUCAGUGAUGUACACUGUGGUCACACCCAUGUGGAACCCCUUCAUCUACAGC